GGCCUGCUCCCUUUCCUCUGAGGACUGCUGAGACUUGGCUAAACCAGUUCUCGGCUGGACCCGAGUCCAGUGGUGGUACCUUAACCUGCAGGACUGUGGCUGUCCAGGACCAGGGCUGUAAACGCCUGUCUACAGAUGACACCUGCGCUCUGCUCUGCACUGCUGUGACAGUGGCAGCCAGGAUGUCGAAUAACAUGGCCAAGAUUGCAGAUGCCCGCAAGACAGUGGAGCAGCUCAAACUGGAGGUCAACAUCGAUAGAAUGAAGGUCUCCAAGGCAGCAGCAGACCUGUUGGCGUUCUGUGAGGCUCACGCCAAGGAGGACCCCCUGGUGACACCUGUGCCCUCCUCUGAAAACCCCUUCCGUGAGAAGAAGCUCUUCUGCUCCAUCCUCUAACCCUGUAAUCCUGCCCUCUCUCUGCUCGGCACUGCCAGGUGACACAGACUAGCCCCCAUCAAUAUCCAUGAUCAAUACUGUAAAGUAGCAUAUUGACCAGAGCCCUUCUCAGGCAGUAAUUUACGGUGAUUGUCCCCUUGCCAUCCUAGUCUUUCUGUAGGCUUUGUCUGUGUUUUAUCAAACCACAGCACAUUGUACCACAGGCCUAUCAGUUAAUACCAAAGUUUUAACAUUACAUCAACAUCAACCCUAGUAAACUGUAGUGUAAACUAGUGGCACAGUAAAGCUCAUGGGUAAAAGCACAGGAAACUGUGCAGGUGCCCAGAGGUUUUGUUCUAGAGCACCUUGAGAAACAGAGAGUCUCACUACACCUCCCGUGCCUGUGGCUGCUGCUGUACAAGGUGUCAGAGAUCCUUCUGCCGGCAGAUUCACUUGUCUUUCAUUGAGUUACAACUCACUGCAGUGUGUAACUAAUUCCACAUGAAAAGGUCAGGAAACCAGUUUUAUUUCCUCAGAAGUGGAGUACUGUGCUCUUGUAUCGAGAGUCCUCUGUUCAGAUUUGUACCAUAUGUGUCUGCUUGCUGUAACUGGCCAAUGUGUACAUCCAUAGUAUUUACACUACAAGUAAAAAGGAAAUUUGU